AACGGUAUGUGAUUUCCAAGAAUAGGCCCUGUCAACAGGCAGGUAACACGCAAGACCUGUGUAUCCGUCUAUUCCUGUCGAGGCACUAACUAAAACUAGAUCCAGAUCUAUAAGGUUUCUUCAAUUUUAGCUCACGUGGGAAUUUUACAAAAGAAUCAGGAAAACAAAGUUACUAGAGUAUGUUUAUUUAUAGAAGCAGGAAGUAAUAUCCAAGCAUAAACUAUCAAAUGGAGUGGAUCUCAGCAGACGCACGCGAUACAAACAUGAGUUUAACACGAGUAUGUGACGAGUAGUCGAUUUAAAUUUGUUUUCCGACUGUGUAGUUGGCCUACUUUACUUAGGUCUACUUGAAUGCUUCAAUGGAAGAAAGAACCAAACUGGUUUUGGAAUCUUUAAACAAAGCUGACCAACAAAGUCUGAUUCACCACUUGACCUGUAGGGAUGAAUUUGGCCUGCAGGAGCUAAAGUCUCUGUUAGAUCAAACAUCAGCAAUCCUCACUGGCAUCUGUAGGCUGGGAUUUUCUCAAGCUCUUCGUCAUUUGCUUGAUUUACAAGUUGUUGACAUCAAUAAAGAAUUUGAUGGGAAAACAUGUCUUCAGCUGGCCUGCCUGUAUGGACACGUAGAUUUGGUAGAAAUGUUGAUGGCAAAUGGUGCCACAGUUAGCAAACCUGCUUGGGAUGAGGACAGUGAACUCUAUUUAGCCUCUCUAAAUGGUCAUAUCAAAAUACUGAACUUUCUACUUGACAAGCUUCCAGAUCUGAUCAAAGAUGAUAUUACAAUCUACAAACUCAUGUAUGCUGCUUGCACUGGGGGAAACAUGGAUGUUGUACACAAAUGGUUUUCCCCGCAGAUGGACUUUAACAAUGUCAUAGAUUAUGUUCCAACUUUAAAAGCUUGUGAGCUUAUGUAUCCACUUUAUUCUGCCUGCGAAAGAAACCAUUUAAAUGUUGCUUGGUUUUUAAUUGAAAGAAAGGCCUCCAUCACUGAAGAGUUGUGUGAGAAGUUUCCAGAAUUUACCUCCCUUCUUGUGCAAACUAAAUUUCAGAUUUCUAAUCUGAGAGGACUUUUAAAAUUUGAAAUGAUAGACCACAACAUCAAGGCAAUUCUUCCCAAUUGGUUCAGAAAGUUGUCUGACCAAGUCAAUGAUGAGCAUGACCCUGAGCUGAAGAUAGAAAUCAACUUAUCAAAGAACAGAAUUUCUCAUUUGCCAGAUGGUGUUCUGUGGGGCCUGCCAGGUCUUACUGUAUUAGAUAUAUCGGAGAAUCCUUUAAGGGACAUUGCUACGCCCAUUGAUAGAUCUGUGUUAAAUGAUAGCAGUUUAACAUCGCUAGAUGUCUCUAAGUGCAACCUACAGUCAAUUUCACCUGAAAUAUUUUCUCUGCCCUGCCUGAGAUACCUAAACUUGGCCCACAAUUCUCUAAAAACUUUGGGAGAUGACGAGAUUUCAUCUAGCACAAAGUGGAAGUGUACAAAAUUAAAGGAGCUUGAUGUUUGUCACAACCAGAUUACCUCCCUUCCUUCUGGCAUCCAAGCUUGUCACUUGCUGAAAACUCUGACUGCUAGUCACAAUCAGAUCAUUCACUCUUGUUCACCCUGGCAGUGCAGAAUGGAGAACCUUGACCUUUCCCACAACCAGUUGCAGGCUUUCACACCAAGCGCUGACCAGUUCUGGGGCCAGACAUUAAAAGUUUUAAAACUUAACAACAAUCAGUUGACAGAAGUUGGAGAGAGUAUUGUCAGAAUGUGUAAGCUCCACUACCUGGAUUUAUCUCACAACCAAAUUCGAGUUGCACCUGUGGCCCACAUUUGGUGUUGUCAUCUAACCACUCUCAUGUUGGGCAACAACUUGCUGGGGCUGAAGCCACAGAAAACACAACUUCAGAAGAUGGUCUCUUUAAACAAGACUCAAGCUAGAACGUUCCAGUUUCCUGGAUCUCAACUGGCCAACUAUUUGAUUGAAUUAUUGUUGCCAUCAAAUAAUUUAACUGAGGUGCCCGAGGGUGUUUGCCUGCUAGUGAAUUUAUCCGUACUGGAUUUAAGUUUUAACCCUGAAUUAACGAGUCUGCCUGAAGAACUGGGGCUAUUGAAGAAGUUGUCUCUCUUAAAGUUAGAUGGUCUGGUCAUGAAAGACAGGAACCUGCAAGCCUUAGUUACUGAAUCAAAAGACCAGAGUAAUCAAGACAUUAUUGCUUAUUUGGAAAGAAAGUAUAAAAAGUGUGUUCCAUUUUCAAAUGUGAAACUUGUAGUUUUUGGCUGUAAGAAUACAGGUGGUCACUGUCUUGUACAAAAACUGCUCAACAACAAAGAAACAGACAGCAUCAACCAUACAACAAUGACAAUCACCCAAUUGCAGCUAAGUCCAGGUCCUAAGUUAUUCUCCACUCUAGGUCCAGGACCUAAGAGAACUUUGACCUUUGACAUCUGGGAGUUCCCAGAAUCCAGCGAUACAUCUGCUAUCCAGUCCUGCUUCCUAACUCUGAACUCCCUGUACAUCAUCAUCCAUGAUGUUGUCAACAGUGGGACCAACCUGCACUCAGUGGCUGAAAGAAUUUCUUCUAUUCAGGCUUGUGUGCUGAGACCAGAAAUUAUUAUUGUCUUCUUACUGUCACGUACCAUGGACGCAGCCAAUGUGGACCUGGAGCUACAGAGGAAAGUCAAGCAGGAACGGAUAAAGGCUAAAUGUUUUUCUGUUAUCAUUGACAGCGCGGAUUCUGUUGAGACGCUGCGUCAAGGAAUUUAUGACGCAGCUGACAAUAUGAGGGAUGCAACAUUUGAAAGGGAACAUCCACUGAAGGAGAGACAGAUACCAUUAGUGUUCACAGAAAUAGCCAGGAAAACAAAAGAUUUGAGGAGUGAACACAAUAUUUGUACUUUAGAUGAGUUUUUACGGCUUGUGGGAUGUAGCAAAGAAAGUUUAGAAGAUGGAAUAGAUCUCCAUUUAAAGAUGCAUGAAUAUUUGCUGCAAGUUGGUGCCCUGCUCAACUACAAUAUUUAUAGAGGGGAGCUGUCAAACUAUGUGUUCUUAAAUCCUACCUGGCUGUUUAACAUUCUAAGUACUUUUUUAAAGUCAUUAUCAAAGGGAAAAUACACCCAGGCGCAGUUGACUAUUGCAGACGUGAGACAAACGUUGAGGGACCAUUUACCUGAGCAAUAUUUCACAGCCUUUCUUCAUCUCCUGGAAGCUUUUAACAUUGGUGUUCGAAUUAUAGACAACAAAAAAAAUGAAAUCAUAAUUGUGCCGUCUCUGUUACCAAGCCAACCCCCUCAGAUCCAACUAGACCCCCAUGUUGGGGGCUGUAGAGCCAUCCGCCUUUACAGGAUGUCCGCUAUCCCAACACCACUGUGGAGUCAUGUGAUCUCUCAACUCAUUGCUGCCUUUGAACGAUUCUCAACCUCAGAAUGGAAUGUGGGGGACCACAGACCCCGCUUAAGUGGGUCACUUGAAAACAGGAUGACCUCCUUUAAGAUUGGCACCAGGACAAGUUUGAAGGGUCUUCAUAUUUUAAACAAAAACAUACAGUACUGGAAGACUGGGAUUAUGAUCAGCCAUGAUCAGGGUUAUGUCGUAGUGGAAGAGGUGGAGUGUCAAGCAGAGUCCAGUGAUGAAAGCUCAGAACUUGCCAUCCUAGUCAUAGUUCAAACAACAGGGAGCAGCCAGCUAGGCAGCCAUGAGGCAAACCUCAAGAAACUUGCAGUCAUUGGGAUUGUACAGGAUGAGUUGGAGGAGAUUUUGGAGCUCUUUUAUCCAAAGUUCAGAGAUCCCACAGAAGCAGAGAUGAAGCCCUAUGCUCUAUGCCCGCACUGUUACCAGGAUGUUCAACCAUUUUCUGGCUUCAUCUCCACACAACAGCUCCAUUUUUCUGUCAGGGACUGUGCACAGAUGGUGCUAUGGAAGGAACAUGUGACUUGCCUUAAAGGACCUUCAUCCCUGGAACAGCUGGUACCUGAGUUCCUUUUCCUGGAACUGCCACAAGAGUUUAGGAUUUCAUCUGAAAAUUUGAUCUUAUCUGACACAAAACUUGGACAUGGCAUGGCUGGGGCAGUACAGAAGGGUACCCAUAAAGGUGAGCAAGUGGCCAUCAAAGUAUUUCACAGACCAUCAAUGGAACCCCUAGAGGAUAUGUUUGAUGACUCCAUAUAUCCUAAUGUCGCAUGCUUCGAAAAUGGCAAAGAAUUCUCAAGGCAAGAAAAAGACCAAAUGGAAACUGAACAAAGAAAGAUCAGCCUAGCAUUUUCUGAUGUGAGAAGAGAGGUAAGCGUGCUGAGCAAACUGAAACAUAAAUGCAUCGUGGCAUUUGUAGGUGUCUGUGUCAGGCCGCAGCUGCUGCUAGUCAUGGAACUGGCACCUAUGGGCAGUCUGAGAUCCAAACUAAAAGAAACCCAGGUCCUAGACUCCACACACAAAAUUAUCUCUCAGACAGUAUUUGGUAAAGACUUAACAUACAAGAUACUGCUCCAAGUAUGUUCUGGUCUGUCCUACCUGCACAGCUGCAACAUCAUCUACCGCGACCUGAAGCCCGACAACAUCCUGGUCAUGUCACUGGAUGUGGAUGCACCAAUCAAUGUCAAGCUCUCGGAUUAUGGCAUCUCCAAGUUUUCAACACUCCAAGGUCUGAGCGGCCUGUUUGGUACCCCAGGCUACAUGGCUCCAGAGGUCAUGGACCGGCUGGCCUACACAUCCAAGGUGGACAUUUAUUCCUUUGGUAUUGUGAUGCUGGAGGUGCUAACAGGUGUGACACCAGUGGGCAAAGAAUCUCCAAUGCUGUCUAAAAUUAGCAAACACACAAGGCCAGCUCACAUCAGAGACUAUGAGAUCAAGUGUAACUUCCCCUACCUGGAGAAUUUAAUGCCUGAUUGCUGGAACCUGUCUGCUGAGAGCCGCCCAACUUCUGAAGAAAUUAUGAAACAGAUGAAGGCUGAUCAAUUUUUACUUCUGCAUGAUAAUCUGUGGUUGGACUCUAAGGGACCAGACUGGAAAAUAUCAUGUAUCUAUGCUUGUGAGACCUCAGGCAGGUGGGGUGUGUGGAUAUGUGAGUGUGGGCCCCCGGAGCUGCGGAUGUUUAGUGUGUACGAUGUUGAGUCAUCCUGUUACAGUGUCUACAGGUGCCAGGCGCCUGGCAAAAAGGUCAUCUCCAUGCAAAAAGUGGGUUCAAAAAUCUGGCUAGCUUGUCAGGAACUGAAUUAUUUAGAAAUAAUAGCCAGAGGAAACAGAAGCAAAAUAGAAGUGGGUCAAGGUAACCAUUUUCAGGUGGAGCCUCUAAAAAUUCUAACCCACAAGUUACAAGACAUACAGGAUGCCAUCUUCGUGCUAGUUGGGCUGUCAAAUGGCAGUGUUGUGGUGUACUACAACCCACAUAAGAAAUCUCCAGUCCCAGCCAUCACCACACUGGAGCUAAACAACAACGUUCCCAUAUCAAGCAUUUGUUCUGUUGAUGCUAACUUAAUAACCGUUGCUUGUGGUAUGAAGAUUUAUUUCCUCUCCGUGAUGCAUGAAUCUAAUGACAAGGGAAUAUACACACCAAAAAUUUCCCAGACUGGUAUGCUGUGCUUACAAAAAGCUCUGUGCCUGCACAUCUAUGAGCCAAUAGAGUCUAUGGUUGCGGAGUCUGAAGCUCUUUGGUGCAGUCUGGAAGAAACUUCCUGUCUUGUCAAGGUAGAUGUCAACACUAAAAAGGUUGUCCUCAAUUUCUCAAUUACCUGGAACUCUUUCCGGGAUACUGUGAAGCUUGAUGAGGUGUGCACAAACAACCCGAUGCAGUUCUUGGACUCUGGAAGGGUUGGAUCAGAAAGUGCGGCCAACAAUUUUCACAGACACCUGUCACAGGUUAAAGAAAAACAAUCAGAAGUCAGUAGUGAAAACAUUUCCAUAGUAACUCACCACAAAGGCUUAUCAGCACCACCAGAAAAUGCUCAGACUACUCCUAAACCAGCAGUGACUAGCUCAAGUCAAGCUGACUCUGAAGGCCCCCCUGUUCCUCCAUCACGAGCUGACUCUGAAGGCCCCCCUGUUCCUCCAUCACGAGCUGACUCGGUGGGCCCCCCUGUUCCUCCAUCACGAGCUGAUUCUGUGGGCCCCCCUGUUCCUCCAUCACGAGCUGACUCUGUGGGCCCCUCUGUUCCUCCAUCACGAGCUGACUCGGUGGGCCCCCCUGUUCCUCCAUCACGAGCUGACUCGGUGGGCCCCCCUGUUCCUCCAUCACGAGCUGAUUCUGUGGGCCCCCCUGUUCCUCCAUCACGAGUGGUUAGAAGUUUACCAAGAAAAACAAGCCCUCCACCCAUCCCCUCCAAACCAUUUCAAGAACUGGAGAAGUUGACAGCGACCAGCUUGCUUAUAUCUCAAGAUGUUUUAGUGGUGGGAACCAACUGUGGUGGCAUUUUUUCUCUCCCUUUAAGCUAUGUGUCUGACCCUGAAAGUUCACCAGAGAUGUCUGGCUUCACUCUACAACUGCCCCUACUGCGACACCCAGCUAGUAAAAAUGAACCCCCUCAAACUCGACUCAGGACAAAAUCUUCAACAAGUCUUAACAGUGAGCAGCACUCACCGCUGGUCAAAUCUGUUGCAGCAUUGGCUUCCACGGACAGUAAACUUGUGUCGCUGCACUGGGUCAAUAAACAAACGGUUGCUCGACGGACAGGUCUCAGGCGUAACACACAAAAUGAUUACGAGAACAUCAAACGACAAGGCAGUUUGGUCACUUUACUGUCCAGUGAGGAGAUGUCCAGUAGUUUGGAAACUGGUCAGUCACAUGAAGAAACAAAUCCAGGAGAACGUGCCAGCUCGGUAAGUCAAGGUUCAUAUCUAACCUCUCACCCGGAUAUUUAUGAAGACGAGGAAGAAAUCAAAUCUCUGGGCAUUGCUGACAUAGCCAUCUGGGAUAAAAUCAAAACGGACAGAUUGAGAACUUUGAAAAAAUAUGUUAAAGAUGUUCUGUGAAAUUUGUCAAACCAAACUGAUAUUGCUGUAUAAAAUUAUUUUAGAAUGUUACAAGCAUUAGGAUGACUAUGAGUCGGACGAAAGGGUAAAAUAUAAAGUGUGAAUUGUCCAAACAUUACAUGUUCUCUUGUAAUGGCCAGAUAGUUUUGAUUGUGUUGGAUAGCCUGCGAUGUUGUGGGUGAAAUGGCUCAAUUUGUUUUAAUGUGUAAAAUUAUCUUGUAUAUUUUCUAGAACCUUUUUAUUCAAAACCACAAUCCUAAUAUAAAAAUGAAUGCUUAAAAAUACGCAAAUC